GACGGGGGUGUCUGAGCGAGUAGUGAGAGGGGAGAGAGAGGUAUCCGUGUGGCUGCCUCCACAAUCCACACGCAGUCCCGACCACGGGCCACAGUAUCAGCUGGCGACCCGUAGGACCUGUAAGGGCGUAGCUCUCACCCAACGCCCCAUCGCCCGCCCAUCAUACACCACCACCACCAUCACCGCCGCCCUUCAACAUCCUGAUGAUCUCUCCGCCACCAAGCGACGGUCCCGAAUAACGAGGCGCUCUGGCCUGCGCAAGUCCUGCUGAGGUGCGCAAUACGCCUUUCGUUUAGCCACUCCGUUCUAGACACCCAGAGGAAGGAGCAUUUCAGAGGACAUCCCCAAGUCUCCAGCUUAAAGACAUUGCUUCUCUCUCUCUCUCUCUCUCUCUCUCUCUCUCUCUCUCGUGGCAUUUCAGCGAGUGAUAAAUGUGCAGGGUGCUUCAUUGUCUCUCCGUGGUCUCCGUCUCUCUCUCUACUAGUGAACUUUGGCCAUUGUGAUUGAAACGGCUAUCUAGAUAGGCGUGUUUCAGUGCUGAAGAAGGAGGACGAGGCGCGUCAUGUGUUGUUAUUCAGUGCGGACUUUCACCAAAUAUCCAGCGUGGAAUAAUUCCUGACCUUCGCGGCUUCGGGUGAAAUAGAAUCUGGUGUUUCAUAUCUAUUGAGAGGAAGGAGGAAAAGAAGGAAUAGAACGAAAGGAAUAUAUAUAUAUAUGUAUACACAUGAGAGACGAGCUCCUUCUGUUUAGUCCAUUUCCUGAAUAAGGUCAUUUUGUCAUCAAAACCAGUCUUCCGUGGACAACUCCUCCGCAAAAACCGUCCACUUUGCAGGAGCUUCGUCGCAGACUUUUACAGCAAGUGAAGUGAUUACACGAGGAAUACAAAAAUAAAAAACGUGAAUUGACUUUAAAAGCUCAUGAGCUUUAAAUUCUACGAAUGCGCACACACACACACACACAAUAGUAGCUGAAUAACGGGUUUCGUAAACUCUUGCAAAAAAUGCUCCACUUUUGCCACAAAAGCUCUCGGUUAGCAAGUGUUCCAUAACUGGUGAAGGUGUUAUCAAUAACAGCACGUUAUUGGUGUGUUUGCUUCAUACCCAUGUACGUAAACCGUCCCGGGAUGCCACGCCCCAAUUGAGGAAAGGAUCCAUAACGGGGUGGACUAUACUGUCACAAGGGUAGACAGACAUCUUUUAUUCAACCGCUGUCCAGCAAAACAUAGUACGCUUAAUCCCGGACUCCUUCCUAUGAACUAGAGUGACUGAAAGACUUUCCUAUACAUGCGUAUUUAUAUAUGUGUUGUUGUGGUAAAAGAAAACACGGACACUUGUCAUUAAUGCAGCGCUGCAUGCAGUCUAGUUAUGAUCACUACAUCGUAUUGCAAAUGAGUUGCCGAAUUCAGUGAUACGGUAUUUCUGGCUAUCAUCCCUAGUGUCCAACGAACAACAACCACCCUUGACCCCAUCACAUGCACAGAAGCCAUCCAUUGGUAUACAGAACUCAUUUCCUGUACGGCACCGUUAUUGCUACAACAUUCACAUCCUUAUUCUCUCUCUCUCUCUCUCUCUCUUGCUUUCAUAAACGAAUCCGCAGUUCAUUGUUUUCAUUGUAUUCUUAUGCCAUUUCGGAUACAUUCAGUUCAUUCGGCAUUCUAAUGAAGACACUUAGUGGACUCUUAUCCUGUUCAUUCCAGAAACGAUGCCAUAUUUAACUGGUUAAGCAGACUACGGCCUAAAUCCUCUCAUUUUGUGGUCGUAGUCGACACGGACACCGGGAACGUGACACAAACUCUUCAGCAUCAUAUCACGUUACACGAUUUCCACGAUUACAUUACGUUCCUUCUUCCAACCUACAAUCGGCCCCUUCCCUCUGAACUCCCCACCUGACUACCAAGUAAGAACCUACGUCUCCCCCUCCUUUCCCCCCCCUAUCUUCCAUUUGGUGCAGUCUCCCUCGGCAUCUCCCCCCACCUCCUCCCUUCCUACAAUAAUCUCCCCUUCACCCUUCCCACCCGUCUCCCAGCAUCCCUUUCGUGUAGAACUACCCUCAUCUUCAACCUCGUCAUCAACUCUCAUCCUCACUGGCAACAGUUCUGUAACUGUAGGGAGAGAGAGAGUGGGCGAGAGAAAAAAUUGAGACACAUACAAACACACAAACACGCACACACACACACACUCACACUCACACACUCUCUCUUUCACAAGCCUUACGCCUCAUCCUAACUGGCUUCACUCAGACACCGCCCAUCGCACCAUCAUCAACAUCGCUAUCUUCUCCCUCCCUAUUCACCAAUUCCCCCUUAUUUUUCUUCUCCUUCUUCUUCUUCUUCUUCUACCCCUCCGUCUCAAAUAAAAAAAAUGGUGGGAUGAACAAUAGGAAAAAUAUCUGAAGAGAGUUGUUCCUCUCCGCAAUACGCAGCUCUUGUAGUUUGCCAGAUCAGUCUGUCUCGAUAUCGCUUGAUCGUUUAAAGAACUUUUCAUAAACAAUUCGCAUUCGUUCACGAAAAACUUGACUCGUCAUUGAAAGCAGAAAACUACUAAGAAAAGUAGGGAGGAACGUUUUGAAAAAUUCAUAUCUUCUCUUUUAAGUGAAUCUCUUUCCCAACCCCCAAGAAAAAAGGGAGACCUUUUCUGUCACCGACGACCCUUUGCACUGCUGCUUCUACUACUAGAUCUCGGCCAGCAGUAGGGGACGAUAGCCAGUAGCAGAGCCGUGGUGGUGUCCAUGUAGAAGCCCAGGAGAGCCCCAGCCGAACACGCUGCUCUUGCUUCACAAUGUUUCGUAGUUCAGGAGCGAGGAUGCCUUCGGUAGGAGGGGGCAGCGUGGACAUCCGCUCCAUCUUGGCUAGUGUCCUUAAUGUUAUCAAGAGUAGAGCCAAUCAAAUCUGUGCCUCCACGUGCGAUGGACUUAUUCUUCGAAUGCAUUACAGAUGGACGUUCUGCAUGUUAUUGGGAGGCUUCCUUACAGUAUGGUACUCAUGGUACCACCGGGACGUGAUCACUUGUGUGUCGCACUUCAACGCAGAGACUCAAGUUCGACUGGACUACAUCAACGUCUGCCUCUCGUACCCUUACGUGGAAGAUAACGGCUCUAGGCGAUAUCUACUUUUCUACAGAUGGAUAUCUUGGUCUUUGCUGGUCUUGGCUGGGAUUUAUUAUAUCCCAAGGAAAGUUUCGAAAAAUUUUGACAAUGCAAGAUGCAAGAAGCUCUUGGAAGAUCUUGCAGCAAAUGCCCACCGAUACGACCAGGCUGAAAAGGAGUUGGUGGAAAGAGCAGCUAGAUAUAUUUUGUUCAACCUCAAGACGCACAAUGGACUUUACUGGAAGUUUCUUGCAGUCAAUAUUUUGUCCCUGGCAGUUGAUAUUUUUGCAAUGCAAUAUCUGGAUUUCAUACUUCAAGGCAGGUUCCUUCAAUACGGCUUCAAGGCCUACCCAUUCGAAAGAGACCCUCAAACAUUCUCAGACUACAUGUCUCAGAUGUUCCCUCCCUUUGCGUCCUGUGAGCUCUCUAAUGAAAAUCAGCUAGUGAACAAACGUAUUGAGAAGUUUGGUUGCCAUCUCACCAUCAUGGAGUUAUAUGAGAAACUAUUCUUGGUACUGUGGCUCUGGCUGAUUUUCCUCUCCUUCGUCACCUGCUGUUAUAUAGUGUUCUUGUUUUCGAUGUGGUUACCAUGUAUGAGGACUUACCUUUUGAGAUUUGCAAAGCCAAUCCACUCUGAAAAUAAAGCAAGGGAAGUUAUUUUGAAUGUCUCUAAAAACUGCAAAAUUGGCGAUGUUUACCUGUUGUACCGUCUCAAAUCUCACUUGAGUCAUGCAAGGUUUUACGAAUUGAUGUCAAGAUUGUCUGACCCAAAUCUUUUGAGCAAACAGAUACAGCCAGCCAUCCCACCUGGAGUAACACAAGAUAAGGACAAGAUGCCCCACAAUAAGCAAGUGGAUACACUCCGAAAUCGCAGACCUAAUGUACCUCAAGACCCUCCUAUCAACCCCGAUUAUCUACAUCAGUUGCUUACCAAUCCUGAAAUGAUGGCCCGUCAUCCACAGCAGCAUCCCGAACAGCGGACGCCCCUCUUGAAGAAGGGAAACACAAGCAUACUUAUUGAAUAAUAGUGUUUAGAAAUGAAGAAAAUGAAACUCUUUACCGUUGCCAUAAAACUAAACGUGCCUUGUGCACAUAGCACAAUUGUCAUGGCAGCCUUUUGAUAUCUAAUGUUUCCACAACAAAAGACAUAUAAGCCCUGUAAACCAGGGGGUCCAAGUACUGUUGAACACCAGUGCUCGUGGUGAUUCCAUAUCGCCUCGUAAGCAUAUUAAACACAAGUUACAGUUUGCAAGUCGAUGAUAGUUUUCUAAAGCUAUACUCCGUCUUCCCCACCGACGCACAUUCUGUGGAACCUUCAGUAGGGACCAAUAUCUGUACAACUAUUAGCAUAUCUUUCUGGAAGCCCUCUUGAGAUUCCGGUAUUUUCGCUAAUUUUCCGUUUCCUUUCAACAGCCAAAGAUGAUGGAGAAUCUUGAAGAGAAAUGGUGAUGGGCGCUGGAGGAGUCAAGAAUUAAGGCUUUGGUCCCGAUUUGGGAUGUGAAUUUGUUAAUGUACAAUGUUUUCUGUUAUGUUGUAGGUUAGGUAAUUUUAUUUAUUAAAUGCUAAUCUAGUUUGUCCUUCUUUGAGGUGCUGAAUCUUAAUAAAGAUUUGAAGUUACAAUGAAACGCAGGAGCAUUGGUUUCAAGAUUGCAAUUUUAUCGAAGCACAGGUGACAUUAAAGGCAUUCUGUAAUGUAGGUCUAGUUUUAUGGCCUAAUGGAAUGCAAAUGGAAAUCAUUGAGUGAUUUUUAUUUCUGCAAGAUUUUAAGUACUCAACUGGGUUUCAGAAUCCUUUGUGCUGUAGUUAGAGAUAAGUUUUUUGACAAUUCCAGGAAUGGUACAUAAGAUACUUUUUGUCUCAUCAAUACUGUUGUUUGUCCCGCUGCCAAAUCGUGGUUAUUAAUCCUCACGGAGAAGCUUCAUCUCCAAUGAAACACAAAUCUCUUCUUCUCUCUAGUGCCAAUAGAGUGAGGAUUGUAGUCUAUUUUUAUUGUAUUUUAUUGUUUAACUCAUUUUUUUUUUCAUUUUGAUGUCUUACUGUAACAUUUUUUAUCAUGGGACCAGGCUUUUUUAGUCCGUUCUUAUAUUUCUAGAUAUUGAAUUGAUUAUGAAAUUGUUUAAACUUUUAAGAUGUAUAGCUAUAUGCAACUGUGAUAAUUAUUGUAGAUUUAGGUGUUUUAUUGGGUUCUUAUAUGAUGUAAGUAUUCUUUUAUGAACAAAGAACCCAUUUUUAACCAAAAUGUCAUGUUGAAUUACACUUUGUAUUCUUUUAUACGGUAAAUAAAAGUGAAUGUAAUUU